CGCUACAACAUUUUGCCAUGUCGGCAACCGCUACUACUCAGCAUCGCCGUUCUGCUCAUGAUAGGGCGCACGCCCAUCUCAUUGGCGCUACCCAUCAUGAAAGACUCACCCAUCCAGACAAUUAUUGUGCCAUAUCAACCGAAUACAGUGAGCGGACAUCCCUCUCAGUUCCCGAAGCUGAUGAAUGAAAGUCGACAGGUGUUGGUGCCCGCUACUAUGAAAGUGGUGCCACGUUUUAAUCUCAAUCAAAGUACCAUGGCCAUGGGCAGUCUAAAUGGCACGCCGCUAAACUUCGCCGAUGGUGCCUAUCCUGUCUACUAUAUGCCCAGCAGCGUGAAUGGCAAAUUUAAUGGUAAAAUAUCUUUGCUGGACGGAGUGGUGAAACCAUAAAUGGGCGGAGAAACAUGAAGAAAGUUUCUAAGUAUACACUAAUU